ACGAGCGUGGCAUUGUGAUGGGCGAAUUUGGCUUCAUAACGGCCGAUGGCAUUUACCAUGUGACGGUGUAUGCAACUGAUGAGGAGGGAAAGUUUCGUAUAUUAGCUAUGAGAAACUAUCCAUAUGAAUCGCCACCUAAAACUGUUGAUAUGGUUGUAGUACCCAAGCAAUCUCCAAUAACAACAACCACACCAAAGCCAUUACCGAAACAUAACUUCUAUCAAGAAGCUUGCUCAGGCUGUUUCUUGAAAAACGGCAAUGGCAAACAACCAGCAACCCAGGAUGCAAAUAAAAAGACUGAAAUACGUCCAUUAUCAAAACCGAUUUCAACACUCACACCGCCAAACAAACCACUAACGAAACUUGUCACGAAUAUGAUUAUGAAUACAAAUUUAGGUAAAAUUUAUACAAUUAAAACAGAUAGCAAUGAGAAAGACUUUAAAGAAAAAGAUAUCAUCGAGAGUGUAGCAACACAAACAGCAAACAAAGUACCAAUUAAGGAAACUAUAACAAACAAUCUUAAUAUAGUUGAAACAUUUAAAACACAUAAGGAUAUACCCAACACAAUACUGCCCAAUAGAAUUAAGACACAACAAAAUAUAGCACAAACCAUAAACAAUAUACAGUACAAAACAUCUGGUGAAGUCAAGACACCAACAACACAACAAACUCCAAAACUUAGUACAGCAACAGAACAUAGUCCUAACACAUAUGUAGUAUAUAAACCCAACAGCAACAUAAAACCUAAUUUACACAUCACACCAAAACAAAUUAUUACAAAUCAAGUCGAUUAUACACCAACACUUACUGGCAUUAAAACUCCACAACAAACCAAUUCUGCCUCAGAACAAAUAGUCCCCGCAGAUUUAACAACAAAUAUUCACACAACACACACUCCUCAAAGCACGGAGCUUAAUAAAGAUAUUGCCAGUAUAAAGCCAUUUACAUCGAGAACCAAUAAACCAAGUGGUAUAUCACAAACUACUAAUACGGCAGCAAAGUCCAGGUCAAGUAAACCAACGAGUUUAAAGGAUCAAACAUCAUCGAAAACAAUUACACCUUCACAAUCUAUCGAACGACUAAAUGAAAAAGUUCCAAAAGACUCAAUUAAUAAAAGUAGUGCAGAAAAUUUAUUGGUUCAUCCUGAGAGUAUUGAGUCAGCUAUAAAGAAAUCAACUUCGAACGAAGAUAAAGACUAUCAAAUUCAAAUUUCAUCACAGCUUGGAAAAGAUAUAAGCAAUAUUCGAAAAGAUGUUACAAAGUACACAAAAAAUACACAAAAUAUUCUUUCAACAAAUAAAAACACAGAAAACAAAGCUGAUAUUUCAUAUGGUGUAGACAGUAGUACACCAAUUGGUGCAGAUAAGAAAUCUAAAAUUGAAAUUUUACCUCAAUCACACUUAACACAACAUAAUGUUGCUACUACAAAAUGUGAAACACAAUUAAAUCUCCCAAAUCUCAAAACACAAACACUACCAAUUACUCCAACAACACAAGAAUUUAAACAAGGUAUACCUUUAUUAACUACAACAACAAAAACAAUUAGCAAUAAAAAUAAUAGAAAUCCUAGUCAUAUGAAAAACAUCGCUGCAACAGUUGUCGAUACAGUAACAACCAUUGCAACACCAAUUAAGUAUGAAGUCACUAAAAAAACUGUUAAUACUAAACCAAAAAGUGUCACACCCACUUACACAACACAAGCAACACAAGAGAACACUGUAGCACAUAGUACAGGAAAGUCAAGCAAGACAAGUGAUUUGUUAAAUUCUGCUAUAACUAAGACACAAACCGGUAGCCAAGUGGGUACAAAAACAUUCACACCAUUAAAUGGACCUUCUACAUUAAACGCAGCAAGGACACCAACUGGCAGUGCGCCACCUGGCGCAAAUAUCCCACCGUUAAAGACUGCAGCUAAGCAACCAAACGCACCAAGCAAUGCCAUAACUUUCCCACAAAACUCAAUCGGAUCAACAGGUAGUCAAUCACAGAGUGGGGUGAAUCCUAAAUUCGAUCUAAGGGUAGGUAAUAGUGCUAUUGGUGGUGGGAUUGCUGGUGGUAGUGCUGGUGAAGUUGGUGACUUGUACCGUUUCAAAUACAUACUCGACUACAAUGGGCACACGGAAACCGGUUCACGAAACGGCAAUAAGGAAGGCAACUAUUUUUCUAUUGGUGAUGAUGAUAUUUUGCGUACCAUCGAAUAUGUGGCCAACGAAAAUGGUUACCAACCACGUAUCCGCUGGCGAAAAUUAGACACGAAAGUCCAAUCGAAAGAAAAUACAUUAAAGGAUUAUGAAUUUGUGUGGUUUAAAAAUAACUAAAAAUUGCGAACAGUUAGUAGUUAAGCUGUUAAUAUAAUAAUUUAUUAUUUUUUUUUGU